AUGGUCGGACAAGACAGCUCCUACCGGUAUCAGCCCCUGCCUCCCAUUGCAGAACAGGGUCGAACACCGCCGUUUACACGCCUGCUCUUCCUGCACCCAGGCUUGGGUGAGGACCCAUUCGAGGCGCAACUGCAGAUUGUCAACAUCGAAGAUGCGCCUCCCUAUGAGGCGUUGUCUUAUACCUGGGGGAAACCCACUGACAAGCCGAGGGAUUACAUAUGGCUACAGGGCCACCCUUUGCCCAUCAAGCCAAACCUAGAGGACGCACUCCGCUCCCUGCGCUUGCCGACGCAGGUGCGCCGGCUAUGGAUCGACGCUCUUUGCAUUGACCAGUCGGACUUGGACGAGCGCUCUCGCCAGGUCCAGUACAUGAGACUGGUUUAUAAACACGCCGCUCGCGUGAUUGUCUGGUUAGGUCUCAAAACCGCUGGGACUCAAGAGGCAUUCAUGGCUGCGGAGAGGCUUGCGAGGAUCAGAGAAUACACUCAUCCCGGUCCGAACACCGAGCAACUUGAUCCCAAUGCGGUCCAGGAACUGAUGAGCAGCAUGGUUGACGAGUUACCCGAGACCUGCAUGGUCCAUCUGGACGAGGUGUUUGAACGGCAGUACUUCAGUCGAUGUUGGUGUGUACAGGAAGUCGUAGCAUCGACCUGGGCGAUCGCCAAGAUUGAGGAUCUGGAGAUGUCCUUCUUCGACCUCAUCGCGUCACUAGUCAUCCUUGCCCGCUGGAAAGGGGAGAUCUCGAUCCACCGGCCCUACGAGCUGUGGAACCUGAUCCUGAUGCGUCGUCAGCCGAACACGGACCAGAGCCGUCCCGAAGUUGAGGGCUCAAUUGGCUCGUUCCUCGGCCUGCUCGAACUGACGCGGACGCUGCAGGCGACCGACGAGCGCGACAAGGUGUUUUCUCUCCUGGGCAUCUGCGACGAGGGGCUGAACCCCGUGCUGGCGCUGACGCAGGUCUUUGACAACAAUGACAGCUGGCGCAUCCGACUGAUCCGUCGGGGCCUCACGCGGGUCAACAACUUCGUUAACGGGCUCGCGCCGGAUCUGAACUUUGGCCGACCAAGGGCCCUGCGGCCGGAUUAUAAAAGGGAGACGGUGCUGGUCUACUGCGACCUGACGCGGUUUCUCAUGCGAAAGCAGCCGAGGAUCUUGGACGUCCUCGACCAUGUACAGCAUAACGAAGAUCCAGGUCUUGGGGAGUACCCGUCGUGGGUGCCGAAGUGGUUCGACCGGAGGACCUGCUUCGUAUUCAAGGGGGCGUAUCUCGCCGGCUUCUGUGAUGGGCACUUCCGGUACUUUGCUGAGCUACAUGAUAUUCCGGUCCGCGACGAUCCCGUAUGGCCAAAGGUUCUGUCCCUGGAUGGGUAUCACGUAGAUCUGGUGCAGAAGACCAGCGAGACGUUCGAGUUUGGGUGGGGGUCGCGGGCGACGGCAUCGGCUAUCGUGGAUGCCUGGGAGCAGCUCUUCGAUGUGCCCAUUGCGCCCAGAAGCGGGUGGAAAUAUCGAGACGGCAGCCUGCUUGACGUAGCAUUCUGCAAGGCCGUUUUGGCCAGCGUCCUCGGACUGAUCAUUGGAUACAAAACAUGGGGGCUCAACCCACUCUUCGACGACCGCACGCGGAAGCCACUCAAGGAGUUAGAUCAGGAGGUUCUAGACCUUGCGGAGACGUUCCUUACGCAAAUAGCCGAGUUUGGUCUCCCGCUGACGGCGGACGAGUUCGGACAUGCAGGGCGGGAGGAGAAGUUGCAGAUCUUUGGUGCCGGGGCACGAACAUAUUCGAACAAUCGCCGGGCAUUCGUGACUCGCAAUGGACGUGUGGGCAUUGGACCCAAGAUGAUGCAGCCGGGCGAUGAGGUUGUCGUCCUCUUCGGGGGCGCAUGCCGUUCGUCGCACGGCCGCGGGGAAAUCAUCGACUCCUGGUCGGAAGCUGUUAUCUGGUUGACGAUGAGUUGA